AUGAACAUUGGUCUGAUCAACUUUAGUCCGGUCGACUUGGAAACCCAAUCGCCCGUUCUACAACAUAUGGAGUCUCCGCUCGCAAGUGGUCCGCAACUAAUCGACGAGAUCGCCAGUCUCCGAACCAAGUUGGCCACUCUCGAGACUCAAUUGUUCAAGAUCCUCCCUGAGUCACGUGACACCAUCAGCUUUGUCCAGGCGGACUCUAGUCUGAACUCCGCACUGCUUCUAGCCAAGAAGAACAGGCUCUCCAUCUCAGGGUCAUUCCAGCGGAGCAAGCUCUGGCGUGACGACCCGUUCGCGUGCUAUUUGUUCGACAAUCUGCGGAAAUAUCACGACGGAGUCCAGGCCAAAAUAUUGGAGACUUCCCAGACGGAGCAGUCCAAAGAUCUCCAAAAACAGGUCCGACUGCGCAAGAAGGGACGCUUUGGUACCAAGAAUAUCAAGGACAACCAGCUCUCGCUCAAGGCCCAGAUGGAGGCGGCGCUUCCUUCCAAGGACCAUGUCCUGCGCCACGUUGGUCGGUUUUUACGUGAAAUACACCCAUUCUUCCCAGUUUUGAUUGAACAAGACUUCUACGCCGACAUUAACAAGAUCCUCACAGUCAAGAAUGGUCGCAUUGAACUUGACAUCUCUCAAAAAUCAGACUAUCUCGUCACUGCCACCAUUCUGCUUGCUAUGCGGUUUUCGUACCAGUCCCUGUUUCUGAAGCAGCAGGCGGGGGCAUAUCUUGACACAGAAGAGGAACAGCUGCUGGAGCCACCGGUGAAUGCUGAUGUGGUCAAUCUGGUCAACUACGCUCUGUUUGAAUCCAACAGUUUGAGGAAGUCCAACGUGUGCACUUUACAGUUGCUGAUUUUACUCCGUAACUACCAAGUUAUGUGCCAGGAAGAUGGAGACGGUGGGGAUGGAACUGACGGGUACACCAUGAAUGGAAUGAUUUGCCAAUUGGGACUUGGAAUGGGAAUCAAUCGUGGCUUGCGGUACCCUAUCCGCAGCAAGGAGGUCAGUCAUAUCUAUUCUCCUUCCAACAUCGAGUUCCGGCUGCUGUGGACGAGACUGUGGUGGAGUUGUCUCCAAAUGGACAUGGAACACUCUGUCGCUUAUGGAAAGGCUCCUGUGUUGCUGUUGACCAACAGCGACCAUGGAGCAGAGACGCACAUUAACGACCCGCUGGUGGAGGACCGCAUCCAAAAGAUGAAGGCUUUGUACCCAAUGCUCCAGAAAGUGCUGGUGCAGCUACACAAUGUGACCGAAAAGCCCAAAAUUCUCGACAUUCUUAGUGCACUCAAGUUCUUGGACUCUCAGCGACCGCUGUUCAUACAGAAAAGGAUUUUCGCCGACCCAACAGCCACCUUGAUCUCGACUAUCUCCGACACCAUCAGCGGAAUGCGGCUCAACACCCUGAUGUUCAUGCUGGACUGCUAUCUGCUGCUUCAUUUUGAAAAACACCGCAUGCUGUCCGAUUACUCCACCACGCUGCAACGGAGCGUCACCGGAUGUUUCCAGCUCCUAGAUCUCGCGUUCUCGACGCUCAAUCUGAUGAAAACAGACUUCUCCGGCCAUAUCAUGCAGCUGAUCCACCCAGUGGCGACGUGUAUCUAUAAAGCGCUGCAAUUUUUGAUCUACUGGGGCUUGCGGCUGCUGUUCAUGCGCUCGAAAAUCACUCCAAAACAGUCAACGGCCUCAGAACUACUCAACAGCGUCAUCUCCAUCAUGCGUGAUUGCAUCAAGGUCGUUGCUAUUUUGGGCGACCAAGACUAUCUGUGCUACCGACUUUUUGAAAAUUACAGCUUUGUGUUAAAGUUCCUGGAAGGAAACGGAGAACCAAUGUUCUAUCUUGAAGACGCUCAGCUGCUAGAGUCGCUGAACCUCAUGGACUCGCUCACCCCACAACAGCUGGCGGAAUACAGCGAGACGUUCAAGAAAUUCUCGGUCUCGCCCCAAAUCACAACCGUGUCGCGCUACACCACCUUCUGGCCUGCCAACGAAACGCGCGACUCAUUGUUCCAGCGGUUCAGACGAACUAUCGAGCAAGUCCCCGGCUACGUACAGCAAGAUACCUGGAAAGACUGGAUCCUCAACACGAAUAUCUUUGAGGACUACGAAGGUUUAUUUGCAGACCUGCAGUUUCCGACAGAUAUAAAUUACAUGUGA